GGCCUUGAGCUUUCGAGGCAGUUGCGGCGUGCAGCGCCACUGAGCUAAAUCCCUGGCCCCAGUGGUGUAGUUUCUGAAGCUACGCUUAAAUGAGAAAAAGCCUUCUAAGCAUUCACUCAUUCAUCAGGCACUGUUUCAAGACAGUUGUACUGGUUCAUUCCAUCCUUCUAGCAACCAUAUGAGGGAUGGACUAUUACUAGCCCCGUUUUACAGAUCAGGAAAUGGAAGCCUUGAAGUUACAAACUUUUCCAAGAUCUCAUGGCUCAAAUGUGCCAGUUUGGGCUUUGAACCCAGGUAUUCUAGCGGCAGAGCCUAGUUCUGAGUCAGGACACUGAAGUAACAAUGAUUCUCCAAGGAUGAAGUUCACCCUUGGAGGCAAGGACACCAUGGACCCCCGGGGACCAAGCCGGCAGCCUUUCCAGCAGCCUGAGAAACCUGGCCGUGUGCGUCGUCGGAAGACCAGACGGGAGCGGAAUGAAGCCCUGGUGGGCAGCCGUCGGCCACUGGCCCAUCACGAUCCUCCUGUGUCCAGUCAGGGUCCAUCUGUUAUCCACCGGGAUCCUUUGGUUGCUGCUGCCUCCAAGCUUGUGGUUAUAACUCAGGGCCGGCUGAGCCGGGAGCACCGGGGUCUUUUUAACCAUGAGGUGAAAUCCCAAAAUGUGGCCCGGCUGCUUGACGGUGGGUCCCUGGAGCCCAAAACUCCCCUGCUCCCCACUAAGCCUUACUCCAGCCCAGCCAGGAUUCAAGAGCCAGCCUCACAGGCAAGGGGCAAAGAGAACCAGGUGCCUGGGGGCUCAGGCCCAGGCCCACCAAAUUUUCCAGAACUCCCUGGCUUGGGGCAACUUCUGGAGGAGCUACAGUGCCGGUUGAUUUUGCCACAAGCCUUCCCCAGGAGGAACCUGGUGCAGGAGGCCAGAGAUGCCAUCGUGGGAACCUUACAGGCCCUCCAUGGAUGUGUGCCUGAUCUUGCUGUGGUGCUCCAAGGCUGCCAGUCAUCCUUACCAGAGACCAAACCUGAGGUUCCUGAGAGGCAAAGAAUGACACCUUCCUGGAUCAACAGGCCUGAACAGGUCCCAAGGGAAGGGAGGCAGAGGAGGCAACAGGGAACAAAGGACACCUUUACCGUGCCUCAUAUGUCCAGCACUCCCAUUGCACACAGAAUGAGCCUGGAGCCAGCAAGAGGUCCCUGGACACCUUCCUUGCCCUUGUUGUCUUCACCUUCUGGGACAGCCUGGGGCCCCCCAACAGCCUUUGACCUACUAAAAAGCAUUUGGCUUGUAGGCACACCACCUCCUCCCCGUCACUGGUGUGUCGGUCCACCUCAACCCCUGCCUCAGCCAUCACCUUUGUUGCCCCAAACUUCUGACCUGGACUGGAGCCCCAGCUCCCUUGCCCCACUUCCCAGUCUCUCCUGGGUAGUAGCUCAGAGCAGUCCAGAAGCCUGGUCCUUUCCACCCAUGAGACUGUACUGAGGGAGCUGAGGCUAGGCCUGGGCAGGGUAUUCUCAUACCAGUCAUCUCAAUAAAGUACCUUCUUGUCCUCUU